UUUGCUACUCUUUUCGUCGGAACACGGUACGGCGGAACGUUUCAGCGUGUGACGAGACGUUUUUGUUGUGUUUCAUAGAACAAAAUAAAAAAACGUUAAUUUGUUGCUGUUAAUUUAAUCGCAUCAAUAAAAUCUACUAACCGUUAACUAUAAACAAUUCAAAACUUGUGUUUGUUGUGCAAUAGAAAUAGAAAACUUGUUUUAAUGCCUGCGCCACGUGCUUUCUACAGAGCCGGAGCACAUGUCUGGGUUACAUUUUAAGACGCGUAACAGUCCGUCUCAGAAGACGUCCCUGCGUUGGGGCGACUGCUGCCCAGGUGCAAACAGUCAAGAAUCCUUCGUGUUUCCUAUUUAUUGAUCAACUAUUUUUUACCGUUACGCGCUGUCGUUCGUUCCGCCUGUGAUCUGUAUAAACUAGCAAAAAGUAGCGAAAAAGCUUAAUACGACUUUUUUAAGGAAAUGUUGCAUAAGUCAAGGCGCAUUUGAUUGGCGCGCGCAUUUGCCGUCGUUAAAAUCAGCCAAAGACGCGCGGGGCACUCACUCGCCAUACACAUAACUUAACGCCUCUGCUUUGAACUUGGCACACACACACUCACACACACACACACACAAACGAACACACACGAACGUACACUGAAAGGUUUUACCAUAGCAAAGCUGUAAGGUCAAACCCAACGCAAAGUAUUAAGUGACAAAGAGGAGAGGCUACUCUACUUCUAAGCUCAAGGAAAAAACACCUUAACGCAACAGUAUGAUUAACAUAGCCGGCGUGGUGAGCAUUGUGCUCUUCUAUCUGCUCAUCCUGGUCGUUGGUAUUUGGGCCGGUCGCAAGAAACAGUCGGGCAAUGAUUCCGAAGAGGAGGUGAUGCUGGCUGGCCGCUCCAUUGGCCUCUUCGUGGGCAUCUUCACUAUGACAGCCACUUGGGUGGGUGGCGGGUACAUCAAUGGCACUGCGGAAGCGAUCUAUACCUCUGGCUUGGUUUGGUGCCAAGCUCCUUUUGGCUAUGCACUCAGCCUGGUGUUUGGUGGCAUCUUCUUCGCUAAUCCCAUGCGCAAGCAGGGUUAUAUAACAAUGUUGGAUCCGUUGCAGGAUUCGUUUGGUGAGCGAAUGGGCGGCCUGUUGUUUCUGCCCGCCCUCUGUGGCGAGGUAUUCUGGGCAGCUGGCAUUCUGGCUGCGCUGGGCGCCACGCUGUCCGUCAUCAUAGACAUGGAUCAUCGGACGUCGGUGAUCUUAUCGUCGGGCAUCGCCAUAUUCUACACGCUCUUUGGCGGACUCUACUCGGUGGCCUACACAGACGUCAUACAGCUGUUCUGCAUCUUCAUUGGCCUCUGGAUGUGCAUUCCAUUCGCGUGGACCAACGAUCAUGUGCGCAGUCUGAGCGACAUGGACGUGGACUGGAUUGGGCAUGUGGAGCCGAAGCAGCGCUGGUUCUACAUAGACUAUGGCCUGCUGCUCAUCUUUGGCGGCAUUCCCUGGCAGGUGUACUUCCAACGUGUGCUCUCCAGCAAGACGGCCGGCCGAGCCCAGCUGCUCUCCUAUGUGGCAGCAGCCGGCUGCAUCCUGAUGGCCAUUCCGCCCGUGCUGAUUGGCGCCAUUGCCAAGGCAACUCCCUGGAACGAGACGGACUACAAGGGCCCCUAUCCACUGACUGUGGACCAGACCAGCAUGAUAUUGCCCAUGGUCCUGCAAUACUUGACGCCCGACUUCGUCUCCUUCUUUGGCUUGGGCGCUGUCUCGGCGGCUGUGAUGUCCUCAGCCGAUUCGUCCGUCCUGUCGGCUGCCUCGAUGUUCGCACGCAACGUCUACAAAUUGAUUUUCCGUCAGAAGGCAUCCGAGAUGGAAAUCAUUUGGGUAAUGCGCGUCUCCAUCAUAAUCGUGGGCAUUCUGGCCACCAUCAUGGCCCUCACCAUACCCUCCAUCUACGGCCUGUGGUCCAUGUGCUCGGACCUGGUCUACGUUAUUCUCUUCCCGCAGCUGCUGAUGGUGGUGCACUUCAAGAAGCACUGCAACACCUAUGGCAGCCUAGCGGCCUACAUAAUUGCGCUCUUCAUUCGGCUGUCGGGCGGAGAGGCCAUCUUGGGGCUGCCAGCUCUCAUACACUAUCCGGGCUAUGAUGAGGAGACCAACACGCAGCUGUUUCCCUUCCGCACCAUGGCGAUGCUGAUCAGCCUGAUUACGCUCGUCUUUGUCUCCUGGUGGACCAAAAUGAUGUUUGAGUCGGGCAAGCUGCCACCGAGCUAUGAUUACUUCCGGUGCGUGGUCAACAUACCGGAGGAUGUGCAGCGCGUGGGCGAUCCGUCCGAGGCUGGGGAGCAACUCUCAGUCAUGGCGGGUCCACUGGCACGCUCCUAUGGCGCGGCCACCAUGGCCGGCAAGGACGAGCGCAAUGGACGCAUCAAUCCCGCUCUAGAGUCUGACGAUGAUUUACCUGUGGCCGAGGCGAAGCGUCUGAAUCAACAGACAGCGCAGACGCAGGUGCAAAAGAUGCUCGACUCAGCCACUGGGAAGGCAGGCGGCGGGGGCGGCGGUCAAAGGGAGGGCAUGGCCAUGCCCAAUGCCGAACAGGAUAACACAGCCUUCUGAGCGGGCGACUGCAACCCACAACUGUUCCGUAACUCUUAGUACUAAAGCAUCCACUAAACUAGUUGCAGCAAUUAUGUGUUUAGUUUAAGCUUCUUAGUACACAUACAGCAAAUACGUGCGUAUAGAGUAUACAUCCACUUAUACACGUAUAUGAGGUAUCUUCAGACACACAAGUGCUCAGGUAUAAAGUGCAGACAUAUUUUGUAUUCAUUUUACCAUAGUUUUUGUAUAGUUUCUACCUAACGGCAAAAUCUCUUUUUGAUGUUUUUGUUUUGCUUUUGUGUUUUAGGCAGGCUUUGAGAUUAGAGUAAAUGGAGUUCAUAGAGCAAUUGAAGCAUAAACUAUGUAUAAAUGUCUUAGAAUAUCGAUAAAAGUCGAUAUAUCGAUAGUAACUAAACAAUACCAAAACAUAUCAACUUGAUUCUAAACUAUUUUCGACUCAGUUCGAGUCUUAAGCUGAAUUGAGCAAUCGAUAAAUAUCGACUAACACUAAGAAACCUAUCAAUGCGUUUUUAUUAAGUUUUUUUUGACUGUGUUUUAGGCAGAGUAAAUUGAGUUUCUAUAUAUGAUCGAUCGAUAAAGUAACUAGAAGCAUAUCGAUCCUUCAACUAUUUUAUAUAGUUUCAGUUAUGUUUUCGUUUUAAGCUGAUUUUGAGUAGAGUAAAUGGAAUUUAUAUAAAAUGUUAUAAGCGAUCGAUAAAUAUUGAUCGGUAAAAAAAAAAAACAAAUACAUAUCAAUGUCAAACAAAACUGAAAGUAACUGUAAACAUAUCAAAUGCAUUUCACCUAUGCAAACGAAAUGCAUUCAAUACGUAUUAUGCGAUAGAGUUAAACAAUGCGAGGAACUGCAAACGAAGUAAAUAUAGAGUAAACACACCUAUAUAUAUACCCACAAUUAUACAUAUAUAUUCCUAGUCAUGUUCAUUUGUUUAUGUAAAUUAAUUGGCAAAUAAUUCAAUGAUCCUAAGAAAUAUGAAAUAUCGCUUAGGUGCAUAUUAUGUGAAUCAUGAAUCAUGUGUCCUUCCACAAGCAAAGAGCAACUAACUAGCAGAAUGAGUAAACCUAAAGCAUAUCAACUGAAGAAUACAUAACUAAAUAUAAGAAUAUAGGC